AUGUCUUUCCCGUGUCUCUGUUGUUCACAAGGACCCGUCUCCUACUUUAGCGAUGAAUCAACGGAGAGUUCACUACCAUCUGAUGCACGAGACAAAGAUGUCCUGGACGAUGCGGUCUAUACCGAAAAUCCAUUCAACAAACUCUCAAACGAUCUAUUGCAUAAGUUCAUGUCGAGCUUGUCCAUCAAGGAAACCGUUAGGACAGGUUCUAUAUCAAAGCGAUGGGUGAAUGUGUGGAAGGAUAUUCCUCAUCUUUCCGUGGACCUGCGAGAAUUCUCCGAUAUCAUAACCCUUUUGACCGAUCGUACUCAUCACCAUGCCGCUAGAUCGAUGACCAAGGUCCAUUUCUUUUUCUUAUCAGAAUAG